AUAGGCUCCACUGUCCACUUUGAAGCCCACACAUCUGAGAGUGAAAUCAAGACAGGAGACAGACAAAGGAACAAACAAACUAUGUAUUGGAGAGGGUAAACAGCCAGAGAUCACUGCCUCUUCUCUGUCUGCAAAUUCUGAAUCCUAAUUCCUGUCCUUUUGGAUUUUAAAGUUGAAAACUUGGAAGGUUUUCAGUGGGUUUUAUUCACAGUAGAGAGAGAGAGAGAGAUGGAGGGUGGGAAAGGAGUGGAAGCAGGUCCAUCCACAGCAGGAGUUGUUAGUGAGACGCAAGAAAGGCAAAAGAAAAUGACAGAGAAAGCACCGGCUGAAACUGUUAUUGAUGAUGGCGAGGAAGAGGAGGAGGAUAAUGGGGUUCCUGUUGCUGGUUUUGUGCCUGGGCCUUUGCUUUCUCUCAAGGAACAGAUUGAAAAAGACAAGGAUGAUGAUAGCUUAAGGAGGUGGAAAGAGAAGCUACUCGGCUGUGUUGAGGGUGAUUUAAAUGGUCAAAUGGAACCUGAAGUGAAGUUUCACUCCAUAGGAAUUAUAUGCAAUGACUUUGGGGAAAUAAAUACUCCCUUACCUGUUGAUGACAAUCAGAGUGAUCGAGUCCUUUUCACUCUCAAAGAAGGAUCUCGAUAUCAACUUAAGCUAACAUUUAGUGUUCUACACAACAUUGUUUCUGGCCUAACCUACACAAAUACUGUAUGGAAGAAGGGACUCCAAGUUGAUCAAAGCAAAGGAAUGUUGGGUACUUUUGCUCCUCAGCAGGAACCAUACAAGCAUACUUUGGAGGAGGAGACCACUCCAUCUGGUGUGCUGGCAAGGGGAAUUUACUCAGCAAAGCUUAAGUUCGAAGAUGAUGACAGAAGAUGUCAUAUGGAUCUAAAAUAUUCCUUUGAGAUCAAAAAGAGCUAGCCAAAAUCAUUCAGCACCAGUGUUUUGUUAUGUUUUCAUGUAUGUUUCAAUUAUCUUCUUGUCCUAUGAAUUGCAUAGAUGUUUAUUGAGAUUGCAUGUGGGUGUGAGGGAAAUAUAGUCUUUUCCAUUUCCAAUUGGCAACUUCAAACCAAAAUUUCCAUUCCUUGCAUCUCACCAUCUUUAUCAAUCAUUAUACAUUAGAAACCUGAGUUCUUAGUCAAGAAUAAAUGUUCAGGCAUGCAUGUGUUUUGAAGAUUAUCAA